AUGAGCCAAGAACGGCUUAUGAAACCCCAAGAAUCUGGGGAAGAAGCUAGUCGUCAGAAUCAACGUAAAGGCGAUGUUAGCGUAAGCGAUAAGGCCACGGAGAGUCUUUCCACCAAACGCAAUGACGACGUCCAGAAUUGUGAUGAUAAUGAAUUAACAAUUUCAAGCCAAAAAUGCAUGGCUGAACUGAAGGUUGGCCGGAAAAACAGUCAGCAAGCAUCACCAGUGGUGGCAGACGCCAUAUUUGAACGAGGAAACAUCACCAUUGGAGAAGCACUGGAAGCCACAGCUCUAACGGCAGGUAGUAGGCCGGUGGAUUACAGUGAUGCUGCCGCCAUACAAGCGGCCGAAGUCAGGGCCACUGGUCGAACCAAUAUUGUGCCCGGUGGUGUUGCUGCCGCCGCUCAAUCGGCGGCCACCCGAAACGCUCGAGUCACACGAGAUGAUGACAAAACCAAGUUGAGCGAGAUUCUAGCGGAAGCAACUUCAAAGCUACCGGCGGACAAACCGGUGACACGUAGAGAUGCAGAGGGAGUCAUCGGAGCAGAGUUGAGAAAUGAUCCGAACCUGACUACCCGUCCUGGCGGCGUCGCAGCGUCGCUCGCUGCGGCCGCAAGGAUAAACCAAAUUAACCUAAAUCCCCCGAACAAAGAAUGA